AGUGAUAAAUAUAAAUAUAAAUAAUUAAAUAUAAAAAAUAACUGCAAGUGCUUUUGUGAGAAGAAAUCAGUUCUGUGUUUGUGUGACUGAACAAAACAGCGCUGUGUAAAACACUCGCUGUAUAAAAUAAUAGAUAAUUUUGCCAAACCAUGGUAGAUGUGCAAUCCUCAAAUAUGCCAAAAAGUUUAUAUCUGUUAAGCAUAGCUUGCGUAGGUUCAAAUUUGCACAAAAGACCUACGGAUAAAAAUGUCUUACGAACUUUGCCAGAUAAUGUCCUCAUGGAUAUAUAUUACACGAUGUUACAAGAAGAAGAGAUUUGUAAUUUAUCAAUGGAGUUGGGCGAUCUAGAGAUUUUUGCAAGACUUUUAAGGGAGCUAAGUGCCAGAAUAAAAUUACUCAAAUGUUUUCAGGCUGUGAUGGAUCAUAAAUCAAACUCGGCCAGAGAUUUAUCAGAUCAGAUGGCAGAGAAAUGUUCAGAAACUGAUCCACAAGAUGAAAAAAAGGCAGUGGAGACUAUACAAUUAGGUCUUAGAUUAGGUGGGUUUUUGUCAGAUGCUGGAUGGUUCACACAUAGCGAAAGAGUUCUAUUAUGUGUUCGUACAUUAUGUCACGAUUGCAAACGAACUGAAAGAAUGAUGCAUCUGACAUUACAGUGCUAUCAAAGAUUGUUGCACACACAAUCAAUAUUUUAUCGUUUGGAGGCUGCUUUGGAGACUGCAAAAAUGUCGACAGAAUUAGUUGAACAAGUUUUACAUGGUCAGAGUUCUUGUUCUAAACCAGAGCAAGAUGAUCCUGGUGAAAGUACUUCUAGUGAAAUAUUACUGAAUUGUCAGAGUUCCAUUUCUUCGGAUAGUGAAGAUAAUUUCAGUGAAGCUGGUCCUUCUGAAUGCUCUUCGUGUGAAACAAAAAAUCUUGCCAUAUCAUCAGAGUCAACUGCUGCAUCAUCAGAAAGGUCAUAUUUUUUUAAUCCGGAUAUUUUUGUUAAAAGCAAUUAUUCUUUGUGCAAUCAAGCACCAAAUGAUGGACUUGGCAGACAUUUGGCAGCUUUGUAUGCUGAGCUUUCACGCUUGUGGUUUAAUAGAAGUGAUUACGAUGCCAGUUAUCAGUAUAGUGUUAAGGCUUUGAAAUAUUUGAGAGGCGAUGCUCCUGCCAAAGUUAAGAUUGAUGUUCUUCGUCAAGCAGCCAAAUCUUGUGUGGUAAAAAGAGAUUUUGCAAGAGCAGGGUUGUUGAUCAGAUUAGCCGUUUACUUAGCCAGAGAAACAUUUGGAUUGAAACAUCCUAAAUACUCGGAUGCUCUAAUAGAUUACGGGUUCUAUUUGCUUAAUGUAGAUUCUAUAGCUCACAGUGUCAAAAUAUAUAAGGAUGCUUUAGAUAUAAAAUAUGCCAUAUUUGGAGUAUACAAUCUUCAUGUGGCCAUAGCACAUGAAGAUCUUGCCUAUGCACUCUAUGUACACGAAUACAGCUCUGGGCGUUUCUACAAAGCACGAGAAAAUGCUGAAAAGGCCAUAGAAAUUAUGCAGCGUUUAGUUCCUAGCAAUCAUCUGAUGCUGGCUUCUGCGAAACGUGUAAAAGCUCUUAUUUUGGAAGAGAUUGCCCUGGACAACAUAGGUGAAGGUACACUUUUUGUUGCAGAGAAUGAACUUUUGUAUGAGUCCGAAAAACUACACUUAACUGCUUUGGAAUUAUCUACAAUGGCCUUUGGAGAACGGAAUGUCCAGACUGCUAAACAUUAUGGAAACCUCGGGAGACUUUAUCAGAGUAUGAAGAAGUUCAAGGAGGCAGAAAGUAUGCACCUAAAAGCGAUUGCAAUUAAGGAGCAAUUGCUGGGAUCUGAUGAUUACGAAGUCGGUUUAUCUGUGGGUCAUUUAGCAUCUCUCUAUAAUUAUCAUAUGCUACAAUACAGGGAGGCUGAGACACUUUACCAUCGCAGUAUUGCUAUAAGUUUAAAGUUAUUUGGUGAAACUUAUUCAGGACUUGAAUACGAUUAUCGUGGCCUGGUGCAUGUUUAUCAUGAAUUGAAUGACAAUGACAAGAUGUGGCAGUAUGAGGAAACAUUAAGUCGCUGGAGACAAUUGAGAAGAGAUCAGGUGCCCAAUCAAGUAGAAAUAGAUAUUCAGGAACCAAUUAGUAUAGAAGAUGUUACACGAAGGUUUUUCGCAAUGUGCAAACACAAAUAAGUGGUACAAGAAGCAAAAAAACAGAAAUUAAGUCCCGUACAUAUGUAUAACAAGCAUAAGUGAAAGAAAUCUACAUGACAAUUUAUAUAAGUUUCAAUAAAUUAAAAUCAAAGUAUUCUACAAUUUGUAAGUAAACAAUGCCAUUAUCUUUCAGAAAAAAAAACUUAGAGCAAUAUGAUAAAAGAUUUUAGUUAAAAUAAAAUAUUUGCAUUGACUUAUUUUUUACCAACAAUGUAUG